CCUCAUUGUCGAUUUUUGGCGGCGGGACGAAGAUGGGAAAGGGAGGCAACGCGCCACAGUCAUCGACGCAUGUGGAACCCCGCACGGACUUUUACUGGGAAAAGACCGAUGAACCUCAUGCGACCCGACGAAAGCUAAUCUCGGCCAAGUACCCGCAGAUCAAGUCGCUCUUUGGCCACUGCCCCCGCACGAAAUACUACGUUGUGUUUGCCGUCACCGUGCAAACUAUCAUGGCGUACUAUACCAAGGACAAAAGCUGGGCAGUGUGGUUUGCUGUGGCGUACAUUGUUGGCGGUACUUUGAACCACAUGAUGAUGAUGGCCAUGCACGAGUUGUCGCACAACUUGGGGUUCAAGAAACCUUUGUACAACCGCAUCUUGUCGUUGAUCGCCAACAUGCCGAUGGGCGUGCCCGCUGCAAUUUCGUUCAAGCGUUACCACAUGGAACAUCAUCGCUACCAAGGCGAAGACGGCGUCGACGUCGACAUCCCGACUCAACUUGAGGGCAAGAUUUUCAACAACAAGUUCACCAAGCUCAUCUUUGUGUGCACGCAAGCGUUUUUCUACAGUUUGCGCCCUUUGUUCGUGAACCCCAAGACUCCUGGCCUGUGGGAAUUCAUCAACUACGCGACGUGCAUUGCGUACAACUACGCCAUCUACUACUUUUGCGGCGGCGCUGGUCUUGGCUACUGCCUUGCCAGCACGGUCUUGGGCGCCGGUCCCCACCCUUGCGCUGGCCAUUUCAUCUCGGAACAUUACGUGUUUGUCAAGGGCGCGGAAACGUACUCGUACUAUGGUCUGCUCAACUUGGUCACGUUCAACGUGGGCUACCACAACGAACACCACGACUUUCCUUUUGUCCCUGGUAGCCGCUUGCCCGACGUGAAGGCGAUGGCGCCCGAGUUCUACGACACGUUGCCGCAAACGUCGUCGUGGGUCGGUGUCUUGAUUGACUACAUUCUCGACGACUCGAUCAGCGCGUACAGCCGCGUCAAGCGAAAGACGCUGACCGAAGCUGAAAAAAACAAGCUCAAGUCCGAGUAGACCAAGAUGGGUAAAAGUUCACGUCGCGAAUCGACGGUGACGAAUGCACUUUGCUUUGUACGACAUUCUCGUAGAACGAUUGCCUGAACGACCCACCCUGGCGCUGGGACUCCGUGGAGGUCAGCGCAGUUGCGAGUGACCGAGACAUUGCGACAUAAUCGAGGGAUUAUGGUCGGGUUUACGUGAGAGACUCCUGUUCUGGACCAUGUUGGCGAUCACAUCAAUGAGUUGCAUGUAUACGGGAGGGAUCAUUCACGUGGGAUCGAAUGGAUGGC